CCGGAGAGGAGCAGGCGCUGAAGGGUUAACGGGGAGUGUUUGCAGCCUGUCCCUUGUCGCCAAGGAGAAGGGAACAGCACUUGGGAAGGAAACAAAACACCCACUGCCCAGGAGGGUGAUUUUCUUUCCCCACGCUGCAUUACAGCCCUUGGACCCCGAGAAGGGCUCCCAGCACCGGGAGGACGGCGUCACCGUCCCGGGUGGCAGAGAGCGAGUGGCACCGGUCUUAUGGCAAAAUGUUGGGGCCGCCGGGCACCGUGGUGCGGAGCAUCCGUCCCUACCAGUCCAGCGAGCAGUACCUCUACGCCAUGAAGGAGGACUUGGCCGAGUGGCUGAAGGAGCUGUACGACCUGGAUGUCGAGGUGGGCACUUUCGUGGAGGUGCUGGAGACGGGGGCCGUGCUCUGCUCCCACGCCAACAACGUCACCCACGUGGCCGAGGAGUUCGCCCGCUCCUGCCCCGACGCGGCCCGCCACCUCCGCCUGCCCACCGCCGGCGUUGCCUGCAACCUCGCAGCACAGCCAGGCACCUUCCAGGCCAGGGACAAUAUCUCCAACUUCAUCCAGUGGUGCAGAAAGGAGAUGGAUAUUAAAGACGUCCUGAUGUUCGAGACGGAGGACCUGGUGCUGAGGAAGAACGAGAAGAACUUCGUGCUGUGCCUGCUGGAGCUGGCGCGCCGCGCUGCCCGCUUCGGCAUGCGCGCCCCGACUCUGGUGCAGAUGGAGGAGGAGAUUGAGGAGGAGCUCCGUCAGGAGCUGGACCUGCCGCCUGCAGACACCCCCCUGCCCCGGCCCCCCCGCAAACCACGGGACCUCCACAACCUCGACCAGAUGGUCCAGCACCUGGUGAGCCGCUGUACCUGCCCCGUCCAGUUCCCCAUGAUCAAGAUAUCCGAAGGGAAAUACCGUGUGGGUGACUCUGACACCCUCAUCUUUGUCCGGAUCCUGCGGGAACACGUCAUGGUGCGGGUCGGGGGCGGCUGGGACACGCUGGAGCACUACCUGGACAAGCACGACCCGUGUCGCUGCACCUCGCUCUCUCACAAACAAGCCUGGAAAACCAGGAGCCCCCAGCAGCAAGUGCAGCAUGAGAUCUGGCUGUGCCCGACCUCGAAGGCAGCCGCCCGCGGCCAGCCCCAGCCCACGCUGCUGGUCAGCCGCUCGCAGAGUCCCCUGCCUCCCGUCGCUUGGGGGUCCCGUGUCACCCCCGGCCCCCGGUCCCCUGCCACCCCUUCGCCGGAGGGCUCGGGUCACCCACCGGGUGCCAGCCCUCGCCGGGAGCCAGCGCAGCUCCGGGGGGUCCCUUCGGGCAGGACACGGGAGCCACCGGCUGCCACUUCGGGGAGGCAGCCACCGCCGUCCAGGUCACCCGCUCGACCCAGCUCCCUCGGCCGUGGGGCGAUGUGCCGGGCGCCCACCCCUUCCCGCCUGGCCCCAGGCACACGGGACCGCGUGGGGGUCCCCAGCGCGCCGUGUCGGAGCACCCCGGGAAAAACCCUUGUGGCACCGGCACGGGGCAGGUCCAUGGCACCCAGCACCAGGCUGACAUCUCGAAAAAGCACCCAGCAAGGAGGCAAAUCUUCUGUGACAGCUGCCAUGCCGCAAGAAGGAGGGGUCCCUGCUGUGGCAACACCCCGUGCCCCCAGCCCCAUCAAGGUUUGUGCCCCCGUCCUGCACCAGGAUGCCCGGGGAGACUCACAGAGCCCGAAAAGCCCGCGGGAAGGGAGCCAGGGAGCUCUUGGCCGGGGCCAGCUGCCCUCACCCCGAAAUUCCUCCAGCCAGCCUCUGAAACAGGACGGCAGCGUUAAAUCCCCCAUCAAAGCCAGCCCGGGCGUCUGCCGGCCCCCCAGCCCUCCGGCUCAUUUUUCAGACGGAUGCAAGGUCUGCGAUGCUGGGGGGGGUCCCCAGGGAACCCAGCAGUGCCACCCAGCCCCGAGCCCAAGGGCUGGGGGUGCUGAGGGACCUGGGGUGCCAGCAGACAAACUGGGGGGAGCCUGUGGCCCCAGCGGAGGGAGCGAGGGUCUCCGGGGAUGCUGGGGACACGUGCAGCCCCCCGGCUACGGCAAGGUGGUGGAGGAGCUCUCCCGUGGGAGGCAACCCCUGCGCCCCGUGGGGCUGGGGAACUGGGUCCCCAAAACACCCCUGCAAGCCGCCCCGCAGCCCACUGCCCUCCCGGCCGGGGGGGAGACGGAGGUGCCGGGAGCGGGGGGCCAGACCCCACGGGGACCCAGGGCCAGCAACGUCCCCAAGCCCCGGCGGUGCCUGAAGAAACCCGAGCGCGUGCCCUCCAUCUACAAGCUGAAGCUGCGGCCCAAGGCUCGUCCCCGGCGGGACCACAGGCCGGGCAAGCGCCCCUCGCGUAUCCCCACCCCGCUGGGGCAGCGGCCACCAGCCCCCCGGGGCCAGCAUCACCCCCCGGGACCCCCCCGGCACCCCCAGCCCAGUGGCACCCACUCCGGGGCCAAGCCCUCGCCGGCCGACAGCGGUGCCUGGCUGACCGAGGAUGACGAGGAGGCGUGGGUCUGAUCCCCGCCCCGUCCCGAGUUUUGGUGGGGACGGACCCCCCCCCCCCUCAUCCGAAGGUGGGGGCGAUGCUGAGGCCGGAGCUGCGGUGCUCGAGGUCAGCGUGGGCAGCGCGAUGGAUUUGCUCCCAGGCGACCCCGGGGGGGGGGGGGGUCGUCCCCUCCUUGCUCUUUGGAGCUGCACCCCCUCCUUCCCCGUGGGGGUUUUUUUUUUUGGACUGGUAAUUCUCCUCCUAAACAGGUGCUCUUGUACUGGUUUGGGUGGAAAAAUCCAGCCCCAAAUGGAGAGAAUGGGGCACUUUCUGCAGGGAAGAGGGGUGUAGCCAGCCCCUAUGGCAUCCCCUAAAGUGGGGACACCCUGUACCUGGCAUACAAGUGUGCAAACCAUCUCGUACCUCAGUCUUCCCCAUCUGUACAAUGGGCCUAACGAUCCUCAUGUCUUACAGCACCAAGAGCCUUCAUGAGUGUUUGAGUCUCUCAGGUCGAGGGGGGGGUCACAGGAGGUGACCCUUGCUGAGCUCCGUGGGCUUCCUUAUGGGUGAAGGUGGGAGACGCGG